GUCAAGGACUAACUUGUAAAGAAUAAAAAAAGGCCAUACCUCGGACGGUUUCUACGCGGCAUCGUACCGGACCACUAAAUCGCUUGAAGGUACGUCGCCAAUGAAUUGAGCCAAUUUAAAAAAAUCAAUUACUAGAUUGAUACGAGCUGGGAAUCAACCCAGGACCUCUCGUGGGGAACCACAGCAUUAACAUCUGUACCAGAGACGUCGCGUCGUCUAAAGAUGCUAUUUGUCAGUAAAGUCAAGCCUCCUAAACCAACAGCCUACUACAGCUUUCGCGGACAGCUGAUGAAAAGAGAAGUAAUAAAAUAAACACGAAACUCUAUAGGUCGUUAGAACUAAUAGACGACCAAUCCUACUCACGCCUACUUUAUGAUAAGAAUGCACACAAAAAUUCGAACACUUAUCAGUUUAGUUAACUAAAGAUAGUACGCGGACGCGUGUCCAAGUUUCCUAUUUAUUAGUAGGUCUAGGUGCGAUUGUACUAAGCCUGUCCAGUGCCCAGUGCCCAGCGCCCACCCGUGCGGGCGAGAUUUUGUGCAGUUUUCGUGGGUGAUGUGGAAAAUAAGUGUUGAUACCGUGUUCUGGCCCUCGGCACGUUGAGGGGGAAUUCAUAGUUUUGAGGAAAAAUGUGUGGUUUGGAAUUUUAAGUGUGCGUCUCAAUGAGUUAGGACAAUGCGCAAACUCCAAUGCUUGAAAAUAAUUACAGUUCCCCGGCGGCGAGGCGCGGGAGUGCGGCUGGCGCUGCUGGCCGUGUGGCUGGCCUGCCUGGCCGUCGCCUGGCCACUGGCCCACCGCUGUGGCCAGGCACUUCUGCCGCCGCCGCCUGUGCUGGCCCUGGACCACUUCCGACUCAACAGGAACCUCAAGACCUACCUCGAUGACAUAAUAAUAGCUAUAGAGCCUUCGAGUACGGUGUGCUCUCUGCGGCAGCGGGUCGAGCUGGUGGUGCUGGUGACGUCAUCGCCGCAGCGGUUCCUGCAGCGCCAGGCCGUGCGGAGCACGUGGGGCAGGCACGUGCCCACGUACUUCGUCAUUGGUGUCGAUGGGACUUCGGCAGCGGACCUCACGGCAGACAACUACGUGGAAGCCAAGAGCUACAGCGACAUGAUAGUGUUCACGUUCCAAGACCACUACCAGAACCUGACCCUCAAGACGGCGCUGAUGAUGCACUGGACCACGACCAGGUGCUCUGAACACCUGCAAGAGCUGAUGUUGUUCAAGACGGAUGACGACGUGCUGGUGAACCCGUGGGUGUUGCGCCGGGUGUUGCAGGAACAUCCUGGGAAAGAUCUUAUUGGGUACAGCAAAGUGAACAGCUCUCUGCAUCGCGACGCCUACAACAAGUGGUACCUGCCGCGUUGGCUCUACCGACCCGACUUCGUGUCCGAGUACCUCUCCGGGACUGGGUACCUCAUACGAGGUAGCAAACUGAACGAGAUUUUAAAGGCAGCCUUCGAGAUCCCGAUCAUCAACCUGGAAGAUGUUUACUUUACGCAUAUAGUGUCGAAAGUCGCGUUAGGCUUAACCUUGAGCCACGACCGCAGGCUGAGUCCCUACAAGCCCUGGCUUCCCUUGGGCUGCAUGUACUGGGGCUUGGCUUCCGCGCACAGCUUGACUCCCAAUGAGAUGCUGGGCGCUUGGCCGAGUGUUGAAGCGUUAGGAGAACAGUAUGAACUUGGGAACGAACCAUGUCGAUAUUUUGUUAAUAAUAUCUGGAGUGAAAUGUAUUUGUUUUAAUCAAUGCUACCGCCGCUUUUCUCGUCAAGCAACAUUGCUGUGUUCUGCAACGGUUUCGAGCUUUUAAACUAACAAAAGGACAGGAACAAACUGAAAUAAAAGCCUCACGAUGUUAAGUUAGUAUUGUUAAUUAAUUAUAUUGUAAAUAAAUGUAAGCUGUGGAUAAUAAACAUUAGAUUAUGUGUUUGAUAAUGAUUAUAUUAUUUUUAUAUACGGUGUGUUUCAUUUACUUGUAGUCUUUAACUUGAUUUAUUUAUGAUAUUUCGUAUGUAUGAGGAUACGUGUCCUGUGUGACGUCACAGUAACUAUAUUCAUCUAGCGGAGGCUGGCGGGCGGCAGGUGCGCGAUAAGGCUUUAAUGGCUUCUCGUCUUAUUGGAAUAUAUCCACAGUGAUUGAGCGGAACACAGGGAGGGAUUCCGACGCGCAGUAACGAUAAGCUACGUCUGCUCUGAACACGGCGUAUGCGCAUUGCGCAGUGUAGCUACAAAAAAUAUUCCAGCGGACUUGUAAUAUAGACCGAGAAGCCUGCGAUAGCCAGAUAUAUCUCAUUUUUGUCAUCAUCGUGUGUCAUUUUCAAUUGUCAGAGCGUUAACUUCGUGGCAACCGAAAUACACGUCUGUUAUUUUUUUUACGUUAAGUUAGAAGUUUGAUAUUUUUCAUAGCUUGUAGACUUGUGUAUAAGUUUAAUUUCAACUCGAUCUCUCCACGCGUUCUUAAGAUAACGAAUAUUCAAAUGAUCAUCAUCAACAUUAGCAACCCAUAUUCAGAAUGAGAUGGGUUAGGCCAAUAGACUAGUGCUAAUAGUCUAAUAGGCUAUUAGGCCAAUAGUCUUCCAGUCCACAUUGGGCUGGCUGGUCCAAUGUGAUCACUUCUGUGGACUUCACACAUCUAGCGAAUUAAGAAAAUUCUCAGGUAUGCAGGUUUCCUCACGAUGUCUUCCUUCACCGUUUGAGACAACAAUGCCCCGGUCCGGAUUCGAAUCUACGCCCACCUAAUCGAAUAAUAUACUCGUAAAAAAAAUAUGUAAAAAUAUCUAUUGUGUCAUGCCCAACUCAGUAACCAAACUAUAUUUUUAUCAACACAAAUCCGGCCCUGCACUACCAGUGAAGUCAAAGCAAGCAGAAAGUAAUAUAAAGCGAAGUGCCCUUCAGUCCGCCUGUACCAGUCGCCAUGCGCGUCGUUCUGCUUCUGCUGUUUGCGCUGCUCACGCUGUGGGGGGUGGCGGAUGCUGGUGGCGACACGCUGUGCUGCAGCCACCCCGACGGGCACCGGCGCUCGCUGCACGAGCAGGUGAGGAGCAAGAUACGGCUGAUGAGGCGGAAGAUGCCAAAGGAGAACAUACUGUCGCGCAGCCCCCAAGGAGACUACGUUGAUUUUAUUGUCAACAACGAUUAGAAGAACGAACACGAUAUACAUCAAUGUUAGAUGAUAGAAUCAAUUAGAAUUUGUGAAGAAACUAAAUCAGAAGACAUUACAGAAGUCCUUGUUUAUAAAUUACUUAAUUUCUGUAAAAUAAUUAGUCUCUAUUGUAUUAUACGAUCGAUAAAAUCAGAAACAACGUGAUCCAUUAUACUCAUUUCAGUUCACUCCGGAAUAAAGUCGCGUUAAUUUUCUGUUCUUUCAGAGCGGCUCACUCACAUUUAUAUUUUAGUAUUCAUCUUUGUGCAAUUAAAAAAAUGUGUUAAAUGACACGUUUUAAUUUUUUAUACUUUUGUACUGUGUGUAUUAAUUUAAUUUAAUAAAUAUGUUUUCAUUA